GAAACCGCGAGCGGCUCAGCGGCGGCUCUGCCUCUGCGCGACAGGCUGAGGCCCCAACGUGUGGCCACCACAACAUACCAGGCUAUUUCUAGGGUCAGGCUCAGGAUUCUGGAGCUGACCCGGCUGGGGUCUCCAUUGGUCCCAGAAGAUGAGGCUCUUCCGCAGACGCCGCAUGCCCCUGCGCUUGGCCAUGGUGGGCAGCGCUUUUGUGCUCUUCCUCUUCAUCCUGCAGAGGGAUGUAAGUAGCAGGGAGCAGGCCACAGAGAAACCGUGGCUGAAGUCCUUGGUAAGCCAGAAGGAUCACGUCCUAGAUCUCAUGCUGGGGGCUGUGAACAACCUUAGAGAUUCAAUGCCCAAGCUCCAAAUCAGGGCUCCGGAACCCCAGCAGACUCUGGUCUCCACAAACCAAUCCUGCCUCCCCGGGUUCUAUACCCCAGCUGAGCUGAAGCCCUUCUGGGAACGGCCACCGCAAGACCCCAAUGGACCUGGGGCAGAUGGGAAAGCAUUUCAGAAGAGCAAGUGGACCCCCCUGGAGACCCAGGAAAAGGACGAGGGCUAUAAGAAGCAUUGCUUCAAUGCCUUUGCCAGUGACCGGAUCUCCCUGCAGAGGACCCUGGGGCCAGACACUCGACCCCCUGAGUGUGUGGACCAGAAGUUCCGGCGCUGUCCCCCACUGCCCGCCACCAGCGUCAUCAUUGUGUUCCACAACGAGGCCUGGUCCACACUGCUGCGAACAGUGUACAGUGUCCUACACACCACCCCUGCCAUCUUGCUGAAGGAGAUCAUCCUGGUAGAUGAUGCCAGCACUGAGGAGUACUUAAAGGAGAAGCUAGAGCAGUACGUGCGGCAGCUGCAGGUGGUGAGGGUAGUGCGGCAGGCGGAGCGGAAGGGGCUGAUCACUGCCCGGCUGCUGGGGGCCAGCGUGGCACAGGCAGAGGUGCUCACAUUCCUGGACGCCCACUGCGAGUGCUUCCACGGCUGGCUGGAGCCCCUCCUGGCUCGGAUCGCCGAGGACAAGACAGUGGUGGUGAGCCCAGACAUCGUCACCAUCGACCUUAACACUUUCGAGUUCUCCAAGCCUGUCCAGAGGGGCAGAGUCCAUAGCCGUGGCAACUUUGACUGGAGCCUGACCUUUGGCUGGGAAACUCUACCUACACAUGAGAAGCAGAGGCGCAAGGAUGAGACCUACCCCAUCAAAUCCCCGACGUUUGCUGGUGGCCUCUUCUCCAUCUCCAAGUCCUACUUUGAGCACAUCGGUACCUAUGAUAAUCAGAUGGAGAUCUGGGGAGGGGAGAACGUGGAAAUGUCCUUCCGGGUGUGGCAGUGUGGGGGCCAACUGGAGAUCAUCCCGUGCUCUGUGGUAGGCCAUGUGUUCCGUACCAAGAGCCCCCACACCUUCCCCAAGGGCACCAGUGUCAUUGCUCGCAAUCAAGUGCGCCUGGCUGAGGUCUGGAUGGACAACUACAAGAUGAUUUUCUACAGAAGAAAUCUGCAGGCAGCAAAAAUUGCCCAAGAGAAAUCCUUUGGUGACAUUUCGGAGCGACUGCAGCUGAGGGAACAACUACAUUGUCACAACUUUUCCUGGUUCCUGAGCAACAUCUACCCAGAGAUAUUUAUUCCUGACCUUACACCCACCUUCUAUGGAGCCAUCAAGAACCUUGGCAUCAACCAAUGCCUGGAUGUGGGUGAGAACAACCGUGGAGGGAAGCCCCUCAUCAUGUACUCCUGCCACGGCCUCGGCGGCAACCAGUACUUCGAGUACACAACCCAGAGGGACCUUCGCCACAACAUAGCAAAGCAGCUGUGUCUACAUGCCAGCACGGACACUCUGGGCCUCAGGAGCUGUCACUUCACUGGCAAAAACAGCCAGGUCCCCAAGGACGAGGAAUGGGAAUUGACCCAGGAUCAACUCAUCAGGAACUCAGGAUCUGGUACCUGCCUGACAUCCCAGGACAAAAAGCCAGCCAUGGCCCCAUGCAAUCCCAGUGACCCCCACCAGCUGUGGCUCUUUGUCUAGGACCCGGAUCAUCCCCCAAGGGGGCCUCCACAAGCCUCUCAGGAAACAGGAUUGCUGAUGCCUGGGAACCUGAUCAUCAGUUUCUCUGUCGGCCUUAAAGAUGGGUUUCUAAACCCAAUGGAUAUCAAGGCAAGACCUUCGUACUCCUUGCAACAACAUUGGGCCCAUUUUCUUUCCUCCACGCUGAUGGAACAAACCAUCAGGACACAUGGUCCUUGGCUGAGGGCUUUCCUUCUGUCCUGGAAACAGAGGCCUCCAAAGCAGAGAAGGCUGCUGGAGGAGGGCCCAGGGCAGCAAUGCUGAGCUCAAGAAGAGUACUUCUGUAGCCACAUCCUGAAUCCCUGGCCAUCCACAGCAACUGCAGAAUCUAGUGAAAUGGUAUAUUCUAACAGAGGGAUUAGAGGUCCAGGAGAGCCUCUCUUGCUAAUAUUCCCCAAAGUUUGUAGAACUGUCUACAGAAAGCUCCCUGACACGUGUCCUUUAUCUACAUAAUAAUCCUGUGACAAAGACAGGACAGAAACCACUGUGCCCAUUUUGUGGAUAAGGAAACUGAGACAAGGUCGGUCGCAGUGGCUCACACCUGUAAUCCUAGCACUCUGGGAGGCUGAGGC